AUGGCUUUGUGGACGCCUUACGCCGAUGACGCUGCCUUGGAUUUGUCAAAAAAGUGCAAAGAAGAACGAGUGUCGCCGGAGUGCUACCCGAAUAACAUUCCUUACCAUGUACCCUCGUAUCAGAACGUGCCUUAUCCUUACCUCAACUAUCCGCAGCAGUACGUCCCUGCAGCGCCGCCUUCGCCUCCAUCUGGCGGCAGCACGUGCUCCUACAUGACAGCACCCAUCAGCCCUCGGAUAGGGAUGAUCUCGCCACCAGCAUCGCCGACCUCCCAUCACGUUUCACAGCCCAAACGGCCGAGUUACAUGGUCGAUGUAGAUUCACUUUCCGAUGAUGCGGAUUUUCAAGCAUUCGAGAGGGACGCAUUGAGAGUUAUGGCGGAGAAGAAUGGAGGGACUCUCCUUGGUAACAAUCCAAGGAUGAGGAGAGCCGUGCAGACGAGUCAGGCAGCCGACGACUCAUACAGAAAGCAGCGGCAGAGGAACAACUUCGCCGCGAAACAGAGCAGAGAUCGUAGGAAACUGAGAGAAAUCCAUCUUGCUUUGAAAGUGACUUAUUUGAGGAAUGAGGUGGCCAAGUUGAAGUGUCAACUGGCUUCGAGGUCUUGCACCCGCUGUCAUCAGACAUAUCCCUACUGA